GGGUCAUUUACUUGAUGACAAAGGCCAAAUAACGAAGCACAACAUUGCAACUCCAGGAUUGGUCCAAGCCCUUAAACUCCAAGGAAUGGAUUUGGAAAAAGAUUUUGAUAGUUAUUCUAGGCAAGAAAAGUUGAUUCGUUUGCGACGUGUGUUGGGCGUAGAAGAUGACUAUGACCAGUAUGACCCUGAUCCAAGCUAUGAACUCACAACUGAUAACGUCCUAAAAAUUCUUGCAAUUUAUAUGAGAUUUCGCUGCCAAAUCCCUGUGAUCAUCAUGGGUGAAACUGGAUGUGGCAAGACAAGAUUAGUUGAGUUUAUGAGUAAAUUAAAAGCUGGUAGACCAAAGGCCAAUACUAUUGAGAAAGUUCAAAAUAUGAUUACUCUGAAAAUUCAUGGUGGAAUAACUGUUGAUGAUAUUCAUAAAAGUGUCAAAAAUGCUAAAGAGGCUGAAGUUAUGAACAGGGAAAAGCACAAUCUGACAACAACAUUAUUUUAUGAUGAAGCAAAUACAACAGAAGCAAUUUAUGCAAUCAAGGAAGUUAUGUGUGAUCUUAGUAUUGGCGGAAAGUCUUUUGAAGACUCAAGAUUGCAACUUGUUGCUGCGUGCAAUCCUUAUAAAAAACUUUCACAAGAAGCCAUUAAGAAAUUGGAGGAUUCUGGACUUGGAUAUCGAAUUCAUACAAGUGAAACGGCUCAUUUAUUUGGCAAUAUCCCAGUUCGUACACUGGUAUACAGAGUUGUUGCAUUGCCUCCAAGCAUGCAACCAUUCGUAUGGGACUUCGGGCAGUUGAAUGAUCAUGCAGAAAAAAUUUAUAUAGAGCAGAUGACGAAAAAACUUGCAACUGAUCUUAAGUUGAAUGAGGAAACAAUUUCGAUCAUUAACCUUGUGCUUUCACAAUCACAAAGAUUCAUGAGGACAAGAAAAGAUGAGUGCAGAUAUGUCAGUCUACGGGAUGUGGAGAGGUGCAUGAUAACAUUCAAAUGGUUCUUUGAACAUCAGGAUGUUAUUUUUGACCAUAUUGAAAAAGAAGUUGAAGAAUCUUGUAAAAAGGCACAAAAACCAAUUCCUGAAAUCAACAGAGAAAUCCGAAUAAUAAUACAAACUGUUGGAGUUUGUUACCAUGCAUCACUUGAUGAUAGACAAGCUUUUCGAAAAGUUUUGGUAAAGAAUCUUGCAAUAGCAAAUGUUGAUGAAAGUUACAUAAACAUGGAGCUCACAGCAUGUCAGUCUGUGUUUUUACGCAACAUAAGAAUAGGAGAUAACAUCGCUUGCAAUAAAGCUCUGAAAGAAAAUGUUUAUAUGAUGGCCAUCUGUGCUGAUAUGAAAAUUCCAUUGUUCUUGAUUGGCAAACCGGGAAGCUCAAAGUCAUUGGCAAAAACAAUUAUAACCAACAAUAUGCAAGGGCAGACUUCACAUGCACCUUUGUACAGAAACUUGAAACAGAUUCAUAUACUUUCAUACCAAUGUAGUGCACUCACUGAUGCAGCAGGAAUCAAAAGCGUUUUUAAGCAAUGUGCUCAGCUGCAAAAGAAACAGGAUUUGAAAACGUUUACUGCUGUUGUAGUUUUGGAUGAAAUCGGUCUUGCUGAAGAUUCUGCUAACAUGCCACUGAAAGUUCUUCAUCCGCUUCUGGAGCGUCGAAGUACAGAUCUAACUACUGUCUUACAACCUGAUGAUGAAAGAGUUGGGUUUGUUGGAAUCUCCAAUUGGGCUCUGGAUCCUGCAAAAAUGAAUAGAGGAAUAUUCCUGACAAGAAGUAAACCUACCGAACUUGACUUAAAAAAGACAGGAAAAGAUAUCGUUCAAAAUACCAACUUAUGGAGAAUCAAUGAAGACAUUUUUGAAUCUUUGACAGAAGCUUAUCUGGAAGUUUACAAUGUAGUUCAGGAAAAAGAAUAUUUUGGGCUGAGAGAUUAUUAUAGCCUCAUGAAAAUGCUUUGCCACAAGCUUGCAACUGUUAAAAAAAAUGAAAUUAGCUUUGAAGAUGUUGUUUAUGCCGUUCUUCGAAAUUUUAGUGGAGGGCCCACAGGAGUUCAUGAUACAAUUAUAGAAAAAGUCUUCAAUGUAUUUAAAGAACAAAGUGGCGAUAGCACUCUUGCAAUUCCUAAUAUUCCCUUGCAAAAUAUGAUUUGCGAUAAUCUUUGUGAAACAGAAAGCAGAUUUUUACUUCUUCUGGCUAACCAGUUUUCAGUUGUCCACUUGUUAGAAUAUUGCAUUAAAAAUAACAAUAGAGGAUUUCAUGUUGUGUUUGGUUCGAGUUUUCCAGGAGAUCACAGUUACACUGAAAUAUGUAGAAAUAUAAAUAGAAUUAAAGUAUGCAUGGAAACUGGAAAAACUGUAAUUCUUCUCAACAUGACCGAAAUACACGAAUCACUCUAUGAUGCUCUUAACCAACAUUUUGUGACAUUAGGGGGACAAAAUUAUGUUGACCUUGGUCUUGGAGGCCACAGGGUCAAAUCCAGAAUUUCCAAAGAUUUUAGACUAAUUGUUAUUGAGAAAAAAGACUGCGUUUUUCAUAAAUAUCCAAUACCAUUGAUAAAUAGGCUUGAAAAACACCAUUUCAACUCAGAAAGUCUUUUGGAUGAGGCUUCAAGAAUUGAAUCCGAAGAGUUAUCCUCGUGGGCUUCAAAUUUUACCAAGUUGAAAAAAUCGACAUUUGUCGAAAGCGAUGCAUUUGUUGGAUUUCAUGAUGAUACAAUUAGUUCUGUUGUUCUGACCACAGAUUUUACUAAUGAACUUGAAUGUGAGCAGUCUUAUUGUCCGUACAAAUUUACUCUUCUGCAGUCUUGUUCAAUGGAUGCAUUGUUGAGGUUGAACAAUUCAAGUCUAUGUACUGCUGAAGUGGAUAUGGCUUUGGAAGUUUACUUUAGGCAACAAUGUCAUGACAGACUUGUUGAUGUAUUGAAUAGAUGCAUUGAAGAAAACCAGAAACUUUCAUGUAUGGAGAUUAUUUCGUACUCAAGCAUAUUGUCUGAAAAUGAUAAAUAUGUUCUUGAACAACAACUUGGAAAUAUAGAUGUUAAACCAAUAAUAACACGUUGGUCACUUCAACUUUUCCAUACACAGCAAGAAUAUUCUGAUAAACUCGAUGUUUUUUUUAAUCAGUGCAGUAAACCCAUUGAAAGUUGCACCAAAAGCGUCCAUAUUCUGCUUGUUCAAUGUGCGCAGGCACAAAUAAAUAGUUCUCUUAUAGCUUGUGCACAACAUUGUUUGACGAAUAAAUUACUGGAGUUCAAAAAUAAAUCAAAUAAUAAUUCUAAUGCCACUGUUGUCAUUGCAAUGUUGUUAUCAAUUGAAAGAGAAUGCAAAUUGGGAUCAAAAUCUGAAGCACUUGUACUGCAACAUACACAAGAAUUCAAUAUCAUUUAUGUGGAUGAGCUCCGUCCUACUGACCACCACCUUGCUCCAGCUAGCAAGUUUUUAGGCAAAUCUUUGUCAGAAGUAUUUGAGAUUGGCAAGCAAGAGCUAGAAUUGAAGAAUGAAGAAGUUCUUGUGAAUAUGAAGUCUCUCCUAAGUGAUAGUGUAUGUGAAGCGGUGGCAAAAGUAGAAAGCGAAAAAAAACAGAGCAAUAGAUACUUCAAGCGUAUUGAAAUACUGAAAAAAUUGUUUUUGGAAAAUAAAGAUGCCAAUAAAUAUUUCUGCAAACUUCUGCUUGAUAAAAUGGUAACUGUUUUGUUGGAAAAACAUGAACAAAAUGAUAAUAAAGAUUGGAUUGAAUCAGAAGCUUUGAACAGAGAAAACUUGCAAGAGGGAGGGACAUUCAGAAAAACUAUCUGGCUUUGUUUGAAGAAGCAUGCCGCUCGCAUUCUUGCAUGUGUUGUUAGUGUCAUUGAUCGAGACAAUAACAUGGAUCUUAUUGAAAACGAAUCUGUCGCUCCCUGGUUAACCAACAUGUGGUUGAGCAUGUUCGAGCUACUAGACAUAACCUGGACAGAUGUGACUAAAUCAGCAAAAUUCACCAUACCCGGAUCAAUGUAUGCUAACAAAUGUUGUCAAUUGCCAUUCAGCUUUAUAAUCAUUGAUUUUCUCAAUACAGAAUAUGCUUUAGAAUCUAAGCACUGCAGAAAUCUUAAUGAAGUAUUUCCUGGAUUGUUUCAAAAUCAAAAAAUGUAUGAAGUCGUUGUUAAUGCUUUGAAGAGUGCACAAAUUUCUGUUAUGAAGGCAUUUGUAAGUGAUCUUGUAACAACUCUGUACAUUCCUGGUUCGGAUGAUGCGAAUGAAGCCAAACUUAUCGAAGAUACUAUUUUUAAAAUGUCUCUGACAGCUUUCAAAACUGCUCGACACAGACCAGAGUUUCAUUCUGGGGGAGAAAUUGCAAUAAUAUUCCUGACAUACAAAGAACUUGAGAGGAAGUUACAGAUAUUUUCAACAGUUGUUCAUGCUUGUCCAAAAAUAUUGGAAAAUGCAAAGACCUGGGAAAAGAAUCAAUCUGAAGCAUUCAUUCUUCAUCUUGAAGCAGCAAAAGACACAUUAAAAAUUUUGAAAAAUAUGGCAGAAAAGAUUGACAAACCAAAAGAGUGUGUCGAAUGGUUGAAGUUGAUGAGAUGUUUCAAAAAUAUAUAUGGAUCUAUAGUUCAUGAUAUAAAAGAUGACAGCAAGUCAUGGAUAUCAUUGUCCCUACUCGAUUCACUUCUUCAAUGUGUUCUUCCUAUUUCGCAUGAAAAUGUAUUUUUUGAGAAAAUUUUAAAAGUGAUUGCACCGCAAGCAAAACUAUUUUGGCGAGGUUCAGUAAUGUCUGAUCCAAAAUCAUAUCAGUUUUUACGCAUUGUUGGCAAUGUUUUGAAAAGAUGUUACCAGGACAUUCAACUGAAACUUUUGAUUGGCUUGGGCGACUUCAAGUGUCAUCUUUGCAGAUCUAGGAUCAAGAGCCCUACUAACUUGCCAUGUGGCCAUUAUGCAUGUGAAGGAUGUGUUGCCACCAUUCUGAAUUUGCAAGAUGAAAGGCAAAAAUGUCCAAUUUGCAUUCAGGAUAUUCCUGAAGAUUUUGUCCCUACUGCUACACCCCUGAAUAAACAUCAAUCUGUUAUUUUGCAGGAACUUAAACUGAAUUGUACAAAUUUUUUCUUGAAAUACUUGAAAGAGUUUUGCUUCAAGAAACAGAGGGACUUUUCAGAUGAAAUGAGUCGGAUGAAACAGCAUAUUGAAUUGAUUUUAGAAAAGUUCGUUCUCCAUAGUAGAAGAGAAGAAAAUGAAGAAAUUGAUUCCACUGCAUUGGAUAUCAAUAUUAAUACCAGAAGUUCAAUUUUGCAAAUUUUACUCAGUUUUAAUCCUACUUUAGUUACUGAUAAAAUAAAUCAGGAUAUGGCAAAACUGAAUACAGCAGAUUUUCAGUCAUUCGUUAUAGUUGGGCUUAAACAUUUUGAAGAGAAUGCAAAAGGAAAUUAUACGAGAAAGUAUGACAAGACUGUCAAAUACUGGGAGGAAAUAUUAGCUAAAGCAAAGCAAUAUUUUCAAACAGAUAACUUCGCAGAUAUUCAAACUUUGGCCUUGAUAAAAAGAAUUGCUAAUAUAAGAUCUGCUGUCUGUUAUUUCGUUCUCUAUGUCAAUGAUAUUUUGCGAGAGACUGAGAGCAGAAUGGAUUCCAAUGAUGCAUUGAUUGAAACUGGUCUGAGUCUUAUGACAAGUUCCUAUACUCCACAGUCAGUAAAAGAUUUUUUCAUAAAAAUGGGAUGCCACAAGUUCGGAACGCAGUGGCUUGCUAAAUUAGGAAAUCAUGCAAAAUUGAAGGUUCUAAUUCCGCCUUCACUCCAACAAGUUGCUGAAACUUCGGUUGUUGAUUACUGGUAUUUGUUAGGAGAUGAUUUCAAGGAUAUCAAGUCUCAAUUAUUCCAGACACCUAUUGAAGAUUUUGAACGCUUUGUUGAAGACUUGUUGAGUGACCAUACCAACAGUCUGCAAAAGCUUUUUGCUUUGUUUUCAUGGCUUAAGGAGAAAGAGAAUGCAACAAUUGGGAAAAUAGUAAAUAUUAUCAAGGAUAAAACUCAGAAUACUCCUUUGGUGCCUAUCAAUGAAGUUAUUUUACAGUACUCGGUGAAUCAUUUUUCAACUUUUCAAGAGGCACAUACCUUAUAUCAAAUCAUCAUGAUAUCUGUGGUAGCAGCAACUAGUCAAAAUGGAAUUAUGAAAGGAUUCAGUUCGAUUAUAAAAAAUCUGAAUACUAUAGAAAAUGUUUAUCUUCCAAGUAUGCCAGAACAUUUUCUAUUUGCACUCCCUGGUGAUUAUAGAUUAGAUGCUAAUAGACGAAAUACAAUGUAUGUUUGUGCCUGUGGAUAUCUUUAUAGCAUUGGUGACUGCACACAACCCAAUCAACGCAGAGAAUGUCCUGAGUGUAAAAGGAGUAUUGGAGGUGUGAAUAGCAUACUGGAGCCUGGGAAUCAAAAAAUGAAUUUAACUGAAGAAAGUCAAGCUGGUUACAAGAUUGAUUCUGGUACACAUGCAAUGUCACUUGCAGCGGACAGGUUAUCACAUCAAGGUGCAGCAGUUGUUCAAUUCAUUCUCCACUCAUGCAUGUUGGCUGGAUUAACUGAAAAUUGUCAACCCAUUUUCAGAAUGAUCAGUGUCAAGAAUAAGACAGAAGCUAAAAAAUUCAUCAUUGAAAAGCUUCAUAAAAACUUACAAGAUUUAUCCAAAGCUUUGUCAAGAAAUGUUGAUGAUUGUGUGCUAAUUCUAAUGAGGAUUUUACUAAGAAUCAUCAAUAAGGGUGCAGUUGCGUACCCUCAAAACUGGUCAACAAUUGAAAGUCGUCGUGAAUGGGAAAAAGUAUUUCAAAAUGAAUAUCUGUUGCCUGUGUUUCAAGAUAUUGAUACACAAAUACAAGAUGCAAAACAAUUAAUGAAACAAGCUGAAGAUGAUGAAAGAGAACCACUGAACAGACUCUUGAAUGAUGUUAACUCUGAUGAUGAAAUUGAAAAACGCUUUGAUUGGAAACAUUGUUUCUUCUGGAAUUAUUUUAGUCAACCAACCCCUGAACACCUAUUACAAGUUUUGUCUGACAAGACUGAAAAGGGUCAUGGUGAAGUUUUGAAAUUGAUUCUUCAAACACCAGAUAUUUAUCUACUUAUGCAUUUGGAAGAUAUUCUGAAAUUACAACAUGUUAUGAUUGAGAGGUAUAAAUACAAUAUCGAUAUGCAAGAAGCAGACCAAAGAACCUUUGAAGAUCAUGUACAUCAAGAUGGAUUUGAUGAUGAAGCCUUAAUUGAAAAAUAUAUUAUUGCAUGGAAUUUUAUCUGCCCUCAAUUACAGGAUUUUGCUCCAAGCUUGUUGAAAAACUACUUUGUACCAAUUACAAAACAGAGCUCUUUAUCUGUCGCUCUUCCUAGUAUGCGUGGUCGUGGACAAUGUGCAAAAUUACUUGCUGAAUAUUUAAUUGAGAUUCAGAAUUCAUUUCUUUCAAGCUGUCACAGAGCUAUGCGAUUAGCUGAGAGAAAUGAAUAUGCUGAUGUUCUGCAACUUGUUUCAAAUGAUUUUAUUUGCACCAAGAAACAAGAUCUCUUACUUUUAAUUAAUGAGCAUACCAAAUAUGAUAUUUUGACGAAUGAACAAGAAAAACAACAUUUGAUGUCUUACAAUAUUGAUGCUUUAGAAAAACAGGUUCAAGAAGAAUUCGUUCGCGGCAAGAAGCUAAUUGAUAAGAAGACAUUACCUUGUAUGAGUUAUCCUCAGGAUGUUGGAAUUGGUGUUGAUUGGGGUAGAGUUGUAGCAACUACAAAUCAGAUACCAUUGACAGCUAAGCUAUCUCAAGAUAUUGACAGAUUAGUUUCAAAAUGUCAUUCUUCUGAGAUAUGUGAAGUGGUUAGAACUUUAACAAACGCUAUCACCUUUUUGUCUAAGGUGAAAAUAAGAUCUGAAAGACCGCUCUGUGAUUUUCUUGAGAAAGAUCUGAAAAUGAUGUCAGCUCAGACUUCUAUGAUACCGAGAUCCACCAAUACCUGCCAUGUUCUUUCUUUGUAUCAAAGGUUAACAUGGCACAAAUCGGUAAUGUUCUCUCAUCGAGGACUUGAUCCAUACAAAGAAACUUUGUUUACUGUCAAUCAAGAGGAGAUUCCCGAUUAUAUCAGAGAAAAAGUUGAAGAUACUUUUAAACAAAUGGAUGUUGUCAUGCUACAACAAAGAAUCAACGAAAUGUUGAUCAACUUUCCAGAAAGUAAUGCUGACUGGAGCUUGGUUGAAGAUUUGUUUCCAAAUAUCCAGUUUAUUGAUGGAAAUGAAGACGAUAGUUGGUAUUCGAAAUUGCCAAAGGAAUUAUGCUGUAAACACAUUUCUGAUUUAUUUUCUUUGAGUGUGAAAUUUUUGUUGAGUAAUUGAACGAACAUUGAUGUUGGUAUGUAGUGAAAUUAAUCUUUCAAUAUACAGUCUGAUUAUACAGUAAUAUAUAAUUUGGCAUGUACUAGCCAUGGAAGUGUGGUCCUAUUGUGAUUUAUUUUGUGUUUCCUGAUUGUAGAACCUGCAGUAGAAAUCGUGUUAAUGCUUAUUUAGUUGUGCCCUAGAUUCUGCCUUAUAUAUUAUUAGAUGAUAACAUAACAGUAUAAUAUUCAUUUAAUACUAUUUAGGUAACCAUUUGGGUAAUUGUCAGGCUGCUCAUACAGAGCCUUGUUCGGUAUGAAAACGCCUCAUUAAAAUUUAACUUUCUUGUUAUCUAAAGAUGAAUAUGUUGUGUUUUGUCUUGUGAAUACCAAAUAGAGCCCUGAAAGAAAAUCACUUUUUGAUUAUAUUGUACGGAUGAAAAAAUAAUUUGGAACUGAUGUCAAUAAAUAGACUAUCACCAUUUACAUCUUUUAUGAAUUGACAAUAAAGUAAUCUGCAUUCCUAUUAUACAAAAUGAUUGUGACCGAAGUUUAUUUCUUCAAAUUUGUAUUUCUAUUUUUUAUAAUAUCACCGGAACUUCAAAUGCAACCAUGCUGAAUUUCCAAUAACAUUAACUAUGUAUUCUUGAUUUUAAUAUGGAUUAUUCAUAUGUCGGUGAUUUUUUUGUACAUUUAUGCAAGUUAAAUCAUUACCACUGUUUUUUCUGAUGUUAUUCAUUAUCUAAUAGCCGAUUUGCUGUCAAUUCCUAUAUUUAACCAUCUAUAAGUAUAAGCAAAGAGAAUCAGGUAGUUUGAAUAUCAAUUUAUUUCACCUUCUACCACAUCCACUGAAAAAACUUUAUUUGUUGGAUUGAUUUCGAGUUUUAUCAUUGAUUUUUCAAAAUUUAUUUCUGUAAAGAUUUCAAUCUGUUGUUCAUUUCAAUUUUCUUUUGUGUAAACAAUAAAUAAAAUACUAGUAGUCA